GACUUUUAUUUCCAAGUCCUCAAACCCGGAGUCGGGACUGAUCGGUAUCUCACAUGGAUUACGCUCUGCUUGCUGCGUUGUCUUCCUCAUUACCUUAGAGAGGAAACUUUACCUGCAACUGUCUUCAAGGAUACAGUUUCCUGUCCCAGAGCCAUGACCUGCUUGCUAAAAUGGAAUGUUUUUCUUUGGACUGUACACUUAACUCAUUGUAUUUUCGGAAUGGCCGUUAAUGAUGGAACAGAUCACUCCUGCCCCUCACUGAAUGUAGAUGUACUCAGAUUUUCUGAUAUCUUAGAAGAACCAUUGGAUAUCACAGGAUUUGACCUCACAGAAAAGUUUCUUCUCCGAAAGGGGACAGUGACGGAAGACUUGCCUUCAUUUCGCCUGGGAAGCAGCCCACUUAUCAAGCCAACAAAACAUGUAUUCCCAGAUGGAUUACCAAGUGAAUAUUCCCUUGUCACCAUUUUUCGUGUGAGAAGAACUACAAAAAGAGACCGAUGGUAUCUUUGGCAGAUAUUUGACCAGGCCGGGGACACUCAGGUGUCAGUUGUGGUUGAUGGCAGCAAGAAGGCAGUGGAAUUCUCCUCACAGAGCCUGACGAAGAAUGUUCUCCGCUACACAUUUAAGAGUCGUGACCUACACGCCCUCUUUGAUCGCCAGUGGCACAAGCUGAGCUUUUCCGUACAGAGCAACAUUGUUUCUGUAUACAUGGACUGCAAGCUAAUAGAAAGGAGGCUGACUGCCGAAAGGGACGGCAUCGACCCCAGUGGGCGUACACUCAUCACCACUCGAAUACAAGAUGGACGGCCUGUGGAUGUUGAACUCAAGCAAAUGAUCCUGUAUUGUGAUCCUUAUAUGGUCGAUAUGGAAACAUGCUGCGAGCUCCUGGAGCCACAGUGUGAAGCCAAGAAGACAUUCAAUGACACUCUGCCUCCCCCGGUGACAUCCCAGCUUCCACAAAUGCUGUCUCAGCCCCUCUCACAGCCAGUUGACAGAUGUCACUGCCCAGCUGAAAAGGGAGAUGCUGGUCUUCCGGGUAUGGUUGGACUUCCUGGACCAAAGGGGGACGUGGGAGAAAAAGGAGAACCAGGUGAGGCCUGCAGUCAAGGGAUCAUGGGUCAGAAGGGAGAAAAUGGUUCUGAAGGACAGAAGGGCAUCAAUGGGGAGAAGGGUCCAACAGGUGACCCAGGACCAGUUGGUCCCAAGGGACAAAAAGGUGAUACUGGUCUGCCAGGGGCUCCAGGGAUGGCUGCUGACAGAGAAUACCACAAAGGAGAUCAGGGCCCACCUGGUGAGAAAGGAGACAAGGGACAGGAUGGGGUGCCUGGCCAGCCAGGAGAAGCAGGCAAGGAGGGCAAAAGGGGGCGCAGAGGAAAGACUGGGAUGCCUGGACCAGAAGGAAAGCCCGGGGAAAAGGGUGAGGCUGGUGUCUCGCAAGAAAAGGGGGCAAAAGGAGACAGAGGAGAUCCUGGUCAGUCAGGUGCAGAUGGUGCCGAAGGGAUGAAAGGACAGAAAGGUGAUGCUGGUCCACCCGGUCUACCUGGUCCUGUGAUGACAGCUCAUGGAUUGAAGCAGCUCUCUGAACCUGAUGCAAUGAUAAGUAUGCAGAAGGGAGAAAAGGGCGAUCGGGGAAACAUUGGGAUGCCAGGACAGAAAGGAGAUUUAGGUCCUGAGGGAAAGCAAGGCCCGUCUGGACCAAGUGGAGUCCCAGGAGAGCCCGGUUCACCAGGGAUGCCCGGCAAAGAUGGCCCAAAAGGAGAAAAGGGAGACUUGGGGGAAGUGACAGUGCUUCAAGGACCUCCAGGAUCUAAGGGCGAGCCUGGAGAGCCUGGAUAUGUGGGUGAUGGUUAUAUGUCCAGAGGCUCUCGUGGACCCAAGGGGGAACGAGGCGUCCCAGGACUGCCUGGAGAGCACGGUGAUAAAGGCGAGCCUGGAGACAGCAUCACAGGCAUGCCUGGCCCCUCAGGACCUCCAGGAAAGCCAGGAAUUGAGGGUCUUCGUGGAACCCCAGGUUCACCUGGCCCUGCAGGAGCUCCAGGAAGAGAGGGCCCUCCUGGCAGACCAGGCCCCCCUGGCCCUGCUGGACCUCCAGGUGAACCAACUGCACUACCAAUUGUUGGAGAUACAGGGACUUUUUUUAAGAAUGCCUGCAGUGUUUGCCAAAUGAGAUUCUCCGGACUGACUGGACAGAGGGGUGAGAAGGGCUCCCCUGGGGUGCCUGGACAUGAUGGCAUGGAGGGAGAGAAGGGUGAGCCAGGUGUAAGAGGUCCAAUGGGGAAUCCUGGGAAGGAAGGCCCAAAGGGAUUGAAAGGAGAACGAGGUUUCUCUGGCCCCGCAGGACAUAAGGGCGAUGAGGGACCUCCUGGAGUCCCCGGACUUCCUGGAGUGACAGGUCGCACCGGGGAGCCAGGCCUCAUGGGUCGCCCUGGUCCAAUGGGACAAACAGGAGUAAAAGGGGAAAAAGGAAAUGAAGGACCUCCCGGUCGACCAGGCCUUCCAGGACCUCCAGGGGUACCCUAUGUGGAGGGCAACGGGAUGAGCGGUCUGUACAAGCUGCAGAGUGGUGGAGCUAUUUUAGGACCCCCUGGGGCUCCCGGUGCUCCGGGUCCCAAAGGAGAUGAAGGACUUUCAGGAGAACCGGGGCUCAUGGGAUUACCUGGGCUUGAAGGUCUACCAGGUGCUAAGGGGGAUGUUGGUCUGCCUGGUCCACCUGGAUUACCAGGUCCUAUUGGGAAACCCGGACCUCGGGGAGAACCAGGGAUCCCAGGAGAGCCGGGUGAAAGGGGGCCCCUCGGAGAGACGGGGUUCCCGGGACCCGAGGGACCGCAAGGUGUUGCUGGCAGACCUGGAAAAGAUGGAACUCCCGGCUACAAGGGAACGCCAGGGAGACUGGGGGACAGAGGAUCCAAAGGUGAACGUGGUGAUCCCGGAAUUCCUGGAGAGAGAGGUGUCCAGGGAGAAAGAGGACGCCAAGGAGAAAGUGGCCUGACUGGCCCGAGUGGACCCCAAGGACAAAAGGGAGAUACUGGCCCUCCGGGACGGUUGGGUGACCCAAACUUCAUGGAAGAAGUCAAAAUGUUCAUCAGGACUGAAAUUUUAAGAAUCUUUGAAGAAAAGUUGUCUAGCGCUGCCCUGCUACAGAAGUUGCCAGCAGGCAUUUUAGCCUCACAUGUCCAAGGUCCUCCAGGUCUACCAGGCAAGGACGGUUUGCCAGGCUCACCAGGAGAGCCUGGUUCUCCUGGUCCUCAAGGGUACAGGGGGCAGAAAGGAGAAAGAGGUCAGGUUGGUUUCGGCCUACAAGGGGAUCCAGGACCCAUGGGACCACCAGGCCUUCCGGGGGCAACUUCUCAGGGUCCUCCUGGCUCUCCCGGACCCCGUGGACCGGCAGGGACUUGCGACCCAAGUGACUGUCAUCCAUUUGAGCCUAGUGUGGCUUUCAGCCAUCCUGCUCCGAGCUCACAAGUGCAGCCUGACACUGUCCGUGAUAGGAAAGGAGGGACAGUGUGAUCCGGGUCUCUACAAUCAACAUUUGGAUGCAGUAGGGGUCUUUUUGUGACAUUGCUAAUGGGCUUGUUUUGAAUGCAUUUUUUUUAACUGUACAUUUAGAUUAGGUCUUGUUUUCACCCACCCCUCUUCCCUGCUCUGAUGUAAUGCAUUCCUCCUCAACUAUUACGUAUCCGAGGGCCAUGAAAUGACUUGGUUUAGUUACUUUCAGCCCCGUUGGAUUCGUUGGAAUAACAUGAUCUUAAUUAUUUGUUUGCCUCCUUAAUUGGCACGCCUCUGCACCCUUCUGUUCAAAUUCAGAUAAGCCGUCUUGCUAGCAGAAGUCGUGCGUGUGUGCAAAAUACGACCAAGAAUGAGAUUAUCUGAAUGUUUGUUUCAUGUGCGCCUGUGAGAGAAUUAGAAGCUCUUUACUUCUGUCGAUUUUGCACGGUGGUCUUUGGUUUGAGCCGUCGCCCUUUGGAACUCCUUGUUAUCAAGCUACUGCAGGGCCCGCGGGUGACCUAAAACAUUUAAAUAAUAGUGUAAUAAUAGAUGUGUGUUUCAAGGGAGAGGGAGCAAAACAUCUGAAAUGAAAAUAUCUUUGGAAAAAAAAAAAAGAAAAGGAUCUAGCGCCUUACGUAUAACCAAAGUGCAUCCACUGUGUCUGAUAUAAAAUUAUUUAUUUUUGUGGUGAGAUCUUAAAGACUGUAUUAAAAGGACUCUUUUAUUUCUGGAAGGUGGAUUAACCCAUUUCUAUAUGAGUGUGGCUUAGUUUAGGUUUAUCAUAAAGUGAUUUGCAUCGUGCAUGAUAAUCAUUUAAAAAAAAAAAAAAAAAAGUGUCUUCCCAUUUAGUGGUGAAACAUCAGUCUUUAAUUAGCUUUGCCAUGGCAACUGGCUGUACAAAAAAAGGGAGAAAACCCAUUGAGGGCAGAUUUAUACUCAUGAAAAUGUGCUGUAUUUAAAACGUCUAAAAUUUUCAUGCGACUGAUAUAAUUUCAGCUUUAUGGAGGAGUAUUAGGGCCACAAAGACUAGAAAACAGUAAAUAAGCUAAUAAAGCUGUAUUAUUACAAGAAUAAAGUUCUAAUGAUGUUUCUGAAGAUGUAGUACCGGUAAUUAGAAUGAAAUAUUUCUUGCAGCUAUUUACAUCUUCUAAAAUGUUCUUAAUUAUAAUGAAAUGUAUCACAGUAAUAAGAAUUCUUGUAACAAUUUAGUCAUCAUGGGAUCCUUUAAUCGUAAUAUUUUUGCUUCUGUUUUGUUUUCUAGUAAUUUUAUUACUUUACGGCAAGGGAAAGUUGUAUUUUAUUCAACUUUUUUGUUGUCCUGUACUCAAUUACAGUGGUACCUCUACAUAUGAAUUUAAUUCAUUCCAGGACCUGGUUUGUAUGUCAAAAUGGUCGUAUAUCAAGCGGGAUUUUCCCAUGAGAAUACAUUGUAAAUCGAUGAAUUUGUUCCACAGCCCAAAAACCUACGCCAAAUCCUUAUAGGGAACCACGGAUAGAAGGAGAUGUAGUUCUUAAAAGAUAAAUCUUAGUACGAGUUAUAAUAAUUUAAUAUUAAAACCCCUCUUAAUGUUUUUGUUUCAAUAAAAUUUGUAAAAUUAUUUUAGCUUGUAGGUCGCCAUUGUUGUUGACGUCGCAGGACGGUAACGUCACAUGGCCACGCUGCCGGAAUUCCAUGUGCCACUCUUUAAAAAAAACAAAAAAAUGUGUCACUCUUUAAUUAUGUAAGGUAGUGAUUUAAAUACGCCACACGGUGUCAGUGAUGCCGUAGUUUUCCUUUAAUCCACAGUGGGGUGUAAGGCAGAGAGAAAGGAGAGUGGACACAGGCGUUCAGAUUCGCAGCUUGUACCGCGCCAUUUAUUGGCAUAAGCUUCGGCAACUCCAACACAACAAACAUAAGUAUCAUAUAGUGAAAAGAAAACAAAAAUAAUAUUCAUAUCUCUCAAAAAAUAAUGUUCACGAAAAGAAAAGUGCUUCAAUCUGUCUUAAUGAGGCCCUAUUCUCACACUGUUAAACAACAAGACAAAGAGAACGGUGGCCUAUACUACAAAGCCGGUUUUCUGGCUUAGCAGGGUAACUUGGGGAGUAACUUCAUCACGUGCAGCCUAUCUUGCCCGCUAACCGGGAUUACGAAAGGUGGAUAUGUUGGAACUGGGGAGUGUUGCCAUGGCAACACACGCCACACGUCAAACCUGGUCGUCUCAGAGUUAGAUCUUGUUUAACCCCAGGAUUCCGAUUAAACAGCACUCCUCUGCGGAUGUCUCCUCCUGACAAUGACAGCGUACCUGGACGACCCAUACGACAUUGGCGCGCGGAUUGUGAGGGGCUCUCUUCGGAGGGCGCAGGUUUUUGGAGACCGCCAAAAGAAAGGACAUAUACGUAUUCAUACAGUCAAUGGGACUAAACAUACAAUCAUCCUGCUUCAUGUGGUGAUGCGCGAUAAAUUAUUUCUUACAGUUAACGUACCAAAUCUUAUUUUAUUGUCCUGACAGCAGGCUUUAUUUCUUUUCAUGGACAUAAGUUAACUGGCAUAUUGACGCAUUCACAAAUCACACGAUCUGUAUAUUCGCUGCUAACAGACCCAGACCCGUCGCGCUCUACUUGCCGAAGCGGUGUUGGAUUUCGCGGUGAGGGUGGAUUUUAAUUCCUCAUAACUCCGCAUGAUUAUCGCGCAUUCCUCCUCUGUGAAGAAAGGUGCCCGUGCCAUCGUCACAAGUAGUGGUGACUCUUGUCUCUGCCCCGUUUUAUGUGAACGUGCAGUAACUCUGACUGGGUUGACACAAGUUUGACUAAUCAACCUCAUAAUCAGCGUCGUAGUACCGAUUGACCACAAACUAGAUAACCAGGUUUUGUCAACUCCGGUUACCCGCUGGUAAACUGGAUUACUUCAGGAGAGGUUGAACUCCGUUCGUAGUAUAGGCCCCAGGCAUUCACAAAUUCACAAUCAAAAUAGAUAUGCAAAAUAAACAUAAAACUUAAUCAGACUUUGGUCAAACUCUAUUUAAACAUUUUAGCAACUCGUUUAGCUCAACAAAUGCAAUGGAUGGCAAUAUUUAGUCACAAUGUAAAAACUAUGAUCCUGGGAGCCAUUAUCAGGAGUCUUGUUUGUUGUUAAGACAACACUCAAAUGAACGUAAAUCACAAUGGACCCGCACUAAACAGGAAACUACUGCGUCACUCGAGGGACAAAACACACUCAUUAGCUUGAUCUCUUAUUAAUUUAAAACUCACCAUUGACACCUUAUUGUGUAUUUAA